UCCAACAAAAAGCCUCGGUACCUCUCUCUCUCUCUCUCAUGGCCUAUGACAGAAGAAGGUCCUCUUUGUUCGAUGCCUUCACACUCUCACCUCUCCCAUACCCCGUGCUGCUGAUACUGCUGAUGGUUUUCCUCUUGCUAAGCCUAUCAUGGUUCUUCGACUACGAGUCGUUCAUGGAGGAGACGGAGGAGCAGAUGAGUUGGGUGCUCCUCACGCUCCCCGUCGUUCUGAUCCUCGUCAUCCGGUGGCUCUCCUCCAUCGAAAGGCUCGACGAUACGCUGCGGGGGCUGUUCCGGUACGAUCGUCGUCGUCCGAGUUACUACGGCUACAACCAGCCGCAGGAGGGUAGCUCACCGUGGGGCAUCGCCGCGGUCCUCGUCUUGUUGCUCGUGAUGGUCUACUUCCACUCGAGCAUCCAGGAUAUGUGGGGACCUUGAUUUGAUCCCUUUUGUGAUACAAAUGUUCUACAUGUACAGCUUCUUCUCUUCUCAUUGAUGUCUAAUGUCUACUACUACUCUACUCUUGUCAUGGGCUUGUUUAUACUGGACUCGGUUUCCCCUUUCUAUAUUUCUCUACACGUACAGAUUCUUCUCUUGUUAUUGAUGUCUACUACUUCACUCUCUAUUUUAUACUGAUUGUGUUACGGAAUAUAUUUAUAUUUUUGAUA